GUCAUCAUUAUCCAAGAACAAUUCACUGAGUGAACGAAUAAUUAUUCUGCGGAGUCACCAAAAUAAGUAAGAGUUUUAAGAGGCUCAAGUGUGAGUUAUGAGCCUAAUGUAGGCCCAACUUUUAAGCUCCAGAAACAUCUCCCUGUAUGUUCCAACUCGGAUCCCAGCACGACUUGAAACGCUUCAACACGUUUCCCUCCGUUUUUCCAGGGCUCCAAGGCUUCCCAGCAAGGCCUUUGAUCUGAAGAGGAAUUUCAUCUCUAACCUUUGUCCCCAGGCCCGGCAGCUUACAUGGGUAACCCACUGUCUCCCAACAUUGGCCCAGGGACAUUUCUUUCCCCAAACUAAACAACUCACAUCCCCCACUCUGUACUUUCACUGACUAUGUGUUGGAGCCUUCUGCCAAGUUCUACCUGUUACCAGCUUCAUCUCUCAAGUCAGAUGUUUGACUGCUCUAUCCCCUGCACAAGGAGUCAUGCCAGCUGGACACACUCUUCUUCCAGGGCCCCUGGCGGCCAGGUUGGAGUUGAGACCACAGCUGUUGAGAUCCUGAGCCCCAGUUUUACGGCUCUGUCUCAACCAUAUCACUAAAAGAGGGCCUCCCCCAGCCAUGAUCUCUCCAUUACUCCUGGCCUUCCUAUUCCUGGCUCCGGCUACAGUGGCCAUUCCCAGAGCUUCUGACAGCCAGUGUCCAGCAUGUAAAGGACCCGCUGUGGACUUGGAUCACCAGCGGGAGCUGCUUCUUGACCUGGCCAAGAGACGCAUCUUGGACAAACUGCACCUCAGCCAGCGCCCGACACUGAACCGGCCUGUGUCCAGAGCUGCUCUGAGGACUGCGCUGCAGCGCCUCCAUGGGCCCCCACAGAGGACGCUUCCAGAGGCUGAUGGGGAACAGGAAUAUGAGAUCAUCAGCUUUGCUGACACAGGCCUCUCCAACAUCAACCAAACUCGUCUUGAUUUCCACUUCUCCUCUGACAGAACUGCUAGUGGCAUGGAGAUCCAGCAGGCCAGCCUCAUGUUCUUUGUACAGAUCCCUCCCAAUACCACCUGGACUCUGAAGCUGAGGAUCCUUGUGGUAGGCUUACGUGACACCAACCUCACCUUGGCCACUUGGCACCAGCUGGAGGUGGAUGCCAGUGGCUGGCAGCGGCUCUUUCUGGGGCCUGAAGCUCAGGCUGCCUGUAGUCAAGGCCACUUGACCCUGGAGCUGGUGCCUGAAAGCCAGGGAGCCCAGAGCUCCAUCAUACUGGGUGAGGCUGCCCAUAGGCCUUUUGUGACAGCCAAGGUCAAAGUUGGGGGCAAGCACCGGCUUCACCGGCGAGGAAUCAACUGUCAGGGUGGGUCCAGGAUGUGUUGUCGGCAAGAGUUCUUUGUGGACUUCCGUGAGAUUGGCUGGCACGACUGGAUCAUUCAGCCCGAGGGCUAUGCAAUGAACUUCUGCACGGGGCAGUGCCCACUGCACGUGGCAGGCAUGCCCGGCAUUGCCGCCUCCUUCCACACCGCAGUGCUCAACCUCCUCAAGGCCAACACGGCAUCAGGGACUGCGGGAGGGGGCUCAUGCUGUGUGCCCACGGCCCGGCGCCCCCUGUCUCUGCUCUACUAUGACAGGGACAGCAACAUUGUCAAGACUGACAUACCUGACAUGGUGGUUGAGGCCUGUGGCUGUAGUUAGUCCGCGUGUGGAUGGGCAGCCCAAGGUGGGAGUAAGCAAACAUGCCCUCACAGAGGUACCGUUCCUGGAGAGGAGGGAAUGACCCCAUUACUGCUUCUGUCCAGAAGGAGGACUCCCUCUUCCUGGGAAAACUGUGGAAAUUAUCCCAUCUGUGGCUUGAGGAGAUCUUCAUCUAAGGAGAGUCACUGUACCAUCUUCGUGACCACCAGUUUCUCUCCUAGGGCACAGUCUAUCCAGCAAGCCUCCCAGGCUCAAGUGCCACCCCAGGGACUCUGAUCCCAUCUGCAACCGUGAGCAGUGCCAUCUAGAUCCCAGGCAAAGCCAUCCAUAGCCCAUCCUUAAUCCAUCCCAUAAUCCGCGGUACUUCCCUGCUCUUCCCACUUGAUGGCGGUCACUCCAGGAGGAGUUGACCCAGCUCCUUCCCCUGAUUUUCUGGAUUACCAGAGAGCUCCUUUCUUAGAUUCACUGAAGAUUAGAUCCCUGCUGUCCAAAGUUACUCUUCCCUGUAUUUCGAGCCCCUUAUUGGCCCUGGUGGGUUGCUAAGGCUCUCUUGGCACACCCUCAUCCAUUCUUUGUCCUUCUCUGCUCCACUCUAUGCCCUUAAGGGCUGACUCACCUCAGCUUCUUUGGUCCCUGGCUUCCUGCUGAAUUUGGCUAAGGGCUGACACAAGCAGGAGAUCAAAGGAUAAGGGGAGAUAGAGGUCAGGAUAUUUCUUAUUCCUGUUCCCUCUGCCUAGGUGCCAUGUAUCUGUGUGACUGUGGUUGUGGUCUGUCCCUACAGCUCCUAUCUGGCUCCCCCUGGCCCUAGUUCUACCUAGAUUCUGAUAUCACUGCUUCCGCACUAGGGGCUUAUAAGGGCUUUCCACUCUUGCUAGUCUCUGGGAGCCUCAACAUUCAUCCUUCAUUCUCUUAACCCUGCCUCCACAUCCAUAAAUAAGGUCUUCAUUAAGUCUUCUUAGUGAUGCAAACACAGACAACUGAAUGGUUCUUUUGUCUCUUGCCGGGACCCUGGCUGAAACCGAGGAUGACCCAGUGUCUACCCACCUGGCCCACUUCUGCUCUCUCUCACCCAGGCUCCUCAGGGCCGAGCUAUUAUGUCUAUCCCACAUUUCAUGCCUCUUCCUUUCCUAGGCUUCCUCCUCUUCUUUCUUAGGCCUCCUCCUCUGCCCCAGAACCAUCUUUGCUGGUCUUAGAACCAAUAAAGACAGGUUUUAUCUGCUCUUCUUUUCCCUCCAUACUCACUCUAAGAGAUGAAACAGAUCAUUGCUCAGUCAGCAAGUAGGCUGACAUCCUAGGAGCACACAUGUUGGGGGAGGCAGAGGCAGGGCUCAGAGUUGGCUGGUGGCUUUCCCUCACUGACCCCCAGGCCUCCAUCCAGGAGACCUGCCCAGAAGCUGGAACUGGCCAAGAGUCACUUGCAUAGGACAGGGAGAAGAAAAAGAAGGCAUGGAAUGAGGAGGGGCGGUAUUUGCUCUGAGACUCGGUCCCCUCUAGACCUUUGCCCUUCUUUCCCCAUCAUCCCCUCCCUUUGGUUGGACAGCCCUGAACCAUGGGGUCGAUAUUGUCUGCAGCCCAAGGCCGAGUUUGCGCAAAACCCACGUGUCCUUUGGGUAACAUGAUGUCUGUGUUUGCUCAGUGUAUAGCUCCCUCCUCCCAGGGUCUGAGGUCCCUGGAAGAGGAACCAUAGAGGAGAAAGUCUGAAGGGGGUCUUCUUAGGCGACCUGCAUAUCUGAGACGUGGGACUUCCUGAACAACCCACAGAAGUCAUGCCACCUUUGCCUGGAGAUCUUCAUCUAAGGAGAACAUCUAAGGAAGUCUUCUGUGCCCCUUCCUCCCCCUCCCACGGUGUCUCCUCUCCUUACAAGCCACCUCUUCCCUAGAUCUGACCUCUCUCCCUCCAACUCCAGCUUCAGUCCCCAGGGCCAAGAUUAAGGUGAGGUGAAGUAAGGCAGUCACUUUGGGGGACAAAUUAUAAGGGGAUGCCAAGAAAUUCAUCAACUGAGAUAAAUAAUAUCUCAAUGCUAUGUUUUUAAAGCAGCAAAAUGAAUGCCAAAAAGAUCCAUCAUGAGCAAAACAACAAAUUUUAAAAUAAACACAGAAUCAGUAUUAACUCUUUUUCUUUUUGGCUCUGCCUGUUGUAAAAGGGAAAGAGUGGGUCUGUCUUCUUCCAAACCUUGGCUUCCAGAGCCUCUUGGCCCCUAACUCUAGACUGUGUCAGGCUUCUCUCAUGUGGGCAAGAUAACCACUCGGGCUUCUUCUCCCUUCUUACCCGUCCCCCGAGCCUGUCCCUCCCCCCCAGCACCCAACCAGGUUGGUAGGGCGGGCCUGUGAGGCAGAUGGCUGGGGUAUUUAUAACCUGGGAGAACUUCUUGGGGAAAGUGACUAAGAUGCUAAGAGCAUAUUUAUAGCUGGGUUCUGACGUAAGUGUCAGUGGGGAGGUAGGGCCAGGCCAGGCACAGCAACAAGAGGGUAGGAAGAGCCGAAAAUUGGGGGCACCUGAUAGAGGGUAGGGGAGAAGAGGAGUCAGUGACUCCUGAAAGCACUUGAUGCUGCUUCCCUUGACUCUGUCUCCUGGCCCCAACAGAUAAGCUCUCUGAGACACCACUAUGGGCAGAAACUUCUUUGCAGUUUGAUGUUCCAGACCCCAGGGGUAGAGGACUCCUUCUCACCAGCCUCAAUCAACAGAGAGGUUGCUCAGAACGGGGAAGGAGAGGACUGGACAGAGAACUUGAAUAUGUUUCCGCCUGGGGAAAAAUGUAGGAAGGACAGGAGGGUUUAAAAGUCUCCUUGUCUCUUCUCUACCCCAGCGUCCCCCGCCCCCCAGCACACAGUGCCCUGGGUUUCUAGGACGUGCCUGUCACCUGUCAUCAAGCUCCAUCGCCACGUGUCAAUGGGACGAGGUCUAAAACCAAAGGUAGCGGUGAUUUGGGGCCUGACAACAGCUCUGCUCUUUGGUAGUGGCGAGAGGGGAGAGCACGGGGACUGGCUUCUCUGUUUUCUGUGGGAGAGGCAGGGUUCCCAGAGGGAGAGGUUGGAAAGCCCUGUGCCGCUCCCCACUCCUCAGAGCAGCCCAUUCCCUGCUGGUCAGCACUAAGCCAGCGGCUGUCCAGUGGCGCUACACUGCCACAUGCUGGACACCGCCAGUACUGAUCCCCAGUCCCCAAAGCGCCACCUUUCUCCCCCUGGUGCCAGAUCUGGGAGUCUCUUGGCAGCCCCCCCACUGGCUACACAGGUGGGAGCUUAAUAAGAUGGAGUCGCGGCCUGUGUCCAAAUCACAGUCUUCUAGCUUCUUGAAGAAACUGCGGGCAUAAGGAGAAAGGACAGCAUUAAGUCUACCAUCUUAAGUUCAAGGUGGAGGGGCCAUGGCCUUCCCAUUUUGUCAGUGAGGAAGGGCUGGGAUUGGAGCUAAUGUCACCCCACUUAUCUUGCUUUGCUCUUCAAAGUCCUUAAACCUCCCAUGUCCUGCCCCCUUUCAUGGAGGCCUCCAGCCACUCCUAGGAUGUCCCGAAUUUACGUAACUCUCACAGUCCCCUUAAAGAGACCCCGUAUGUAGGUAUGGGUGCUCCCAAGUCCCGCGCCCUUCUGCCAACCUUGCUAGACUGUGUCCUGCUGUAAGACUGCAUCCCUGCCGCCCCUACCUCUCUGGGUUUCCCCCGACAUCAUAGGAACACGCCCUCCCUACCCCCACCACGCUCCAGCCCUCCUCCACGCCGUGCUCCAGUCCAGCUGGACUCUGGGCAGCCAGCAUAAGCAGGGUCAGGAGGUGACUUCUGUGCCCCGUGGCACUGCCACCUUGGCCUGGGCAGGAGGACUCCGUUCCUCUCCCCCCGUCCCAACCCCAUUGCUAGGAAGAGAGAGACCAGAGUUCUUCAGGCCCAGAGACCAUGGAGAAAUGACCAGUGGAACUAACAGCUUCCUCUAAGAACUGCUGCAGCAAAGGUGUCUGGGCAGCGCUGGCCAGAGCCCUCCGGAGACUGCAGCCAGGAAGUG